AUGUCCCCCGAGGCCCGCGCCCCGGACACUCUCCUCUGCGCCGUCUCAUCCCCGGAGGGCACCGGUGCUGGGACCCGCGUCCCCUCAGAGGCCUGCGGAAGCGCCACCUCGUCCAGCGACAGAUGCCCCCUCUCCUCAGCUCACGCCCGCCCAGCCCGCGAGACGCACGGGGGCCUGACCCCCGACCCCCCUGGACACCAGGCGCACGGCGCCACCCGCCGCCCCCGGCCCGACCGGGCACUUCUCUGUCCCCGGGCCGCGCGUGGCUGCCCCCGCUGCGCCACAGCCCGUGGCCCCAGCCCAGGCCCGGCCGCCCUGGGGACGGGGAGGUGCGCCUGCCGGGGCCGCCGGUCACCCUGCACCGUGGGCCCCUGUCCCCGCACGGGGGGCCCCGGAGCCCCUCUUUCUUCUUCAAUACCCAUGGGAGGGCGGCUCCUACCUGCAUGGCCUCCCUCGGCGGGGGCCGCCCUGCAGAGUCCAGAAAGUGGACUGUGA